GCAUCAUCGAACCCGGCAGCGUUGGGGUGAACGAUGCAGAUUGUUUAGAUGUUGACUGGAGUCGGAUUGUAUUUUAAAUCUGUUUUUGGGGGGAAUCGUGAUCUAGGCGCGUAUCGACUUCAACCUCGGAGAGAGAAGAAUAGCUGAGGAUGAGCCCACAGGCCCGGGCCUGUUAUGGCGUUAUGUUUUUGUGUGAUUUUUUUGCGCGGGUUUCGUGCUAGCUGCUACAUUACGAUGGCUUUCAUUGCGCCCUGUAAUCGUUCUGUUUAGUGUCUGAACGUGGAAAAUUGUUGGCAGAAUUCGUGUUAUUUUAGACGACCGGCUUUAUACCGCCAAAUGGUUAGCUAGGCAGCUAAUUAGCUGAAUGUAGGGCAUUGCUAGCUUAGCUCAGUGAAGCAGUCGUUGACAGUAGACCGGCAGAUCCGGCUAACUGUACAUUACUGUCUGGCACGAUCAAUUCUUUAUCCGGUCCUGUGCAAAAUUAAGCUGGUUGCAGGUCACUAAAUUGGUUACACAUACACAUUCUUGUGGAGUUGUGCGUUUCGUGCAUCACUGGUCUCCUCAGUGUCUAGACUUCAUGUACUGCAGCUGGCAAUAAAUAUAUUAGACUGAAAUGAAUGACCUGAAUUUCAGUUGCAUUUAUUUAUGUAUUUUUUUAUUUUGGUGGGGGGCCAGUAUUGACGUUCUUGUAGGCCACUGUAAAAGUUAAAACAGUGCGUGCAGAUACAUGAUUAUAAAACUAUUCUAUAAAUCAUCUUUGCACUGUAUCAACGAAGCAGAUUAUCUACAUGAAACGGUCUCCUUUCAUUUAUUCAUAAACCUUUUAACCCUUAACUGUACUGUGGACCUAGCUGUGUAGACCAGCUGGCUGAUAAUGGAUGAGCACUCCGUUCACCAGACAGAGCACAUGACCACCAUUGAGGCUAGCGCUGUCAGUCAGCAGGUACAUGUGACCACCUUGACUGACACAUCCAUGAUGAGCGCUGAGGAAGACUCGACCUCCUCGCCAGAUGACGAUCCAUAUGAUGACACAGACAUCCUCAACUCGGCUGGCACUGAUGAGGUCACAGCUCACCUGGCUGCUGCAGGGCCAGUGGGUAUGGCAGCUGCUGCUGCUGUAGCAACUGGGAAGAAAAGAAAAAGGCCUCAUAUCUUUGAAUCUAACCCUUCCAUCCGUAAGAGACAGCAGACUCGUCUGCUCAGGAAACUGCGAGCCACGUUGGAUGAGUACACCACUAGAGUGGGCCAACAAGCCAUAGUGUUGUGCAUCUCCCCCUCCAAACCCAACCCUGUGUUCAAGGUGUUUGGUGCUGCUCCUCUGGAGAAUGUGGUAAGAAAGUAUAAGAGCAUGUUGUUGGAGGACCUGGAGAACGCCCUGGCUGAACAUGCCCCUGCAGGUGGAGAACUCGCCUCAGAGCUGCCCCCGCUCACAAUUGAUGGCAUCCCCGUCUCUGUGGAUAAGAUGACCCAGGCACAGCUGCGAGCAUUUAUCCCAGAGAUGUUGAAGUACUCAACAGGCAGAGGGAAGCCUGGCUGGGGUAAAGAGAGCUGCAAGCCAGUGUGGUGGCCCGACGACAUCCCCUGGGCCAACGUUCGCAGUGAUGUGCGCACAGAGGAGCAGAAACAGAGAGUCUCUUGGACGCAGGCGUUGCGAACCAUAGUGAAGAACUGCUAUAAGCAGCAUGGCCGUGAGGAUCUAUUAUAUGCUUUUGAAGACCAGCAGGUAACCACGGCAACCACCACCCAGCACCACCUGACCACUGCACAAAGUAUCGCUCACCUUGUGCCCUCACAAACCGUGGUACAGACCAUCAACAAUCCAGAUGGAACAGUCUCGCUUAUCCAGGUCGGUACAGGACACACAGUUGCCACUCUUGCGGAUGCGUCGGAGCUGCCUGGUGUGACAGUUGCACAAGUUAACUACUCAACGGUAACUGAGGGAGAGGUGGAACCAAGCUGGGCCACCCUGCAGGGCGGGGAGAUGACAAUCCAAACGACUCAAGCUUCAGAGGCCACGCAGGCAGUGGCAUCCCUAGCUGAAGCUGCUGUCGCUGCUAGCCAAGAGAUUCAGCCCGGAGCCACUGUUACAAUGGCACUGAACAGUGAGGCAGCAGCUCACGCUGUAGCGACGCUGGCAGAAGCCACACUACAAGGCGGAGGUCAAAUUGUCCUGGCAGAGACGGCAGCUGCUGUUGGGGCGCUGGCAGGGGUUCAAGAUGCCACAGGUUUGGUCCAGAUUCCAGUCAGCAUGUACCAGACGGUAGUCACCAGCCUUGCCCAGGGUAACCGGCCCGUCCAGGUUGCAAUGGCGCCUGUCGCCACACGCAUAGAUAACACUGUCACACUGGACGGCCAGGCAGUGGAGGUCGUAACCCUGGAGCAGUGACCUUGGAAGGAGCAGAAAGCACUGAUUGGCCACCUAGGAGAUUUGUUUAUCUGUUCUGUUUUCCGAGACAUCAUGCUGUGUACAAUGUCAAAUAUAUUUUUAAAUGUGCAUCUACAGGGGAAGUGUGUUAUCAAUGCAUUGUGUUUACUAUGUAAAGAGAUUGCGUUUGUUGGUGUAUUUUUCCCAUUUAGCGUUGUUUUUUUGGUUGUUUUUUGGGGGUUUUUUAGCUCUGUGAAGUUGAGUAUUUAGUAUUUAUUUCUUUACAAUUAACCUUUGCUUAAAACAAAGAUGAACCAAAAAGCUCGGGAGGAAAGCCACCCCUGUUUCACUGAGUGUGUCUCUUGUCUUUGUUUGGGAUUUUUCACUAUAUUGUCCAUGCUCAACUGUUUCUGUUAUUAGGAUGACGAAUUCAGUGCCAUAGUCGGAAAGUCACUCCUGUGUUUCGCCAUAUUCACAAUUGCUGUUCCCACCUCAACUCACUAAUUCUCUCACUGUACAACACAGCAUCUGAGAUGCAGACACUCCCAGAAAGUCUUGCCCUGUUGGGUUUUUUUCCCCUUUUUUUGUUCUACUGUAAUCCAAGUACAUGCCAAAAUUUUGCAAAGACUCAGGAUAACUUUCUUUUUUUUAACUGUUGGAUGGCGGAGAGGACUUACUGACGCAGUCUUUUUGUCCACCAAAUUUUUUUUUCAUUUUUUUCCUAGUGCAUGGAUUCGAGGAGGCAACCGUGUUAUUUGCAACAUGAACUCCUUUGUAUGUCACGCAGGACUCGGUGGUCUCCAUCACUUUGUAUGCCACAGGAAGCUGGUCAUACUUGGACAGAAGCUGCACUAUUUGUGAUCCACGAAAGGAUUUGCCACACGAAAAAACCAUGCUUGCCGAGAAUCAACUCUGUUUGAUGAAGGUGUAACAGUUGGUGUGACUUUCACCAAAAUUGUGUAUUUGGGAAAAAAUGAAGUCCAAUAAAAUGGCUGCUGUUCACCAUU